CAUCACAGGCAGGCCGGCCGCGCCCGCCCGUCCGGUCUGCUUCUCCUCUGGACCCGCAGGUCUUUGUCAGAGGCUGCGGGAACUUGGCUCCUCCGAGCACCACCUCCUCCUCCUCCUCCUCAACGUUCAUCCUUCUGCCUUUGCUCCACACUCUGGCCCGUCCUGGUAUGGACACUGCAACAAGUGUGCUGCGUUCUGAGGCGCGCGGGUCAAAAGGCGGUCAGCCUCCCUGCGCGCGUGCAGGCAAGCUGGUUGACGUGCGCACGCAGGACAACUCCGCGUCUUUGCGCGUCUCCAUCGGCGGCGGCGCUCCCCCGCGGGCCGUGUGUCAGGGCUGCCGCCGCGUCAUCUGCGACCGUUUCCUGCUGUGGGUGAACGGCGCGUGCUGGCACGAGGAGUGCCUGCGGUGUGCCGCGUGCCGGCAGCCGCUCGCGACCACCUGCUACGUCAACGACAGCAAGCUGUACUGCAGGAGAGACUACCGCCGGUUGUUUUCAGCGAAGUGCAGUGGCUGUCUGGAGAGAAUAGCGGCCACAGACUUGGUAAUACGAGCUCUGGAGAGAGUUUACCAUCUAAGCUGCUUCUGCUGUUGCAUCUGUGAGCACCAACUGUGCAAAGGAGAUGAGUUUGUUCUAAAGGAGGGUCAGCUGUUCUGCAAGAAAGACUAUGACAAGGAGAGGAACCUCAGCAGCACCGGUGGAGACAACUCAGACUCAGAUAAAAGUCGAGAUGAUUUUGAAGCAGAAUCUGAACAUUUUGUCACAGCGGUGAAAGGGAGUGAUGACAACAAAGACCCUUUCCGACCCAAACGGCCUCGGACCAUUCUCACCACCCAGCAGAGGAGAACCUUUAAGGCCUCAUUCGAGGUCUCCUCCAAACCAUGCAGAAAGGUGAGAGAGACUUUGGCUGCAGAGACGGGUCUAAGUGUUCGUGUGGUCCAGGUGUGGUUCCAGAACCAGAGAGCUAAGAUGAAGAAGCUUGCCCGCAGACAGCAGCAACAGCAGGAGCAACAUGCCAGCCAAAGGCUCCGCCAAGAAAUGAUCUCCGGCUGCAUGAAAGGUCUGCUCAGCUCGUACUCUGGACCUCUACCUUCAAACCCGCAGCAUCUACUGAUGGUGGAGCCAAGCAAGUACAACCCUGUCCCCUUUGAGCAAGCAGCUGACUUGAUUUUUGAUGAGGUGGACAGAGGAAGCUCUCUGAAGACUCUGACGGACGUUUGUGAUGCAGACCUCCUGCAGGGACGGAGUGGGAACCCCAUCAACGGCCUUUACUCCAUGCAGAGCUUUUAUUUAGUUUCCUGACUGUUUUCAGCCGUGAGGCUUUUCUGUCAGUCCACCAGCAAUCAGACAAAGUUCACCAAACCAGACGGACGUCUGCCAGUGUCUGAGUUUCUUUCUAAGGAAUAGUUGUUUAUCAGAAAACAUUUUCUAGAUAUGUGACUUUUUUUUUUUUUUUACUAACCACCAAGCAUUUUGUAGCAGAAUGUGAACAAGUUAACGUUUGUUGUCUAUUUUUGCCGGUUGAAAAGGCAUUUAUUUAUUUAUCACUAUUUACAGUGAACAGUUAUUUUCAUCUAAAGCAAACAAGUUCCUCUUUUUUCUUAAAUGAAAACGUUCUUUUACAAUGUUUUAAAAGUUUAUUUAUCUAUGUUAUUGUCAUAAUGUUUAUUUAUUUGUUAUAGUAUUGCCACAAAAUAUAAGGAAGAUGUUGAAGCUUUUAAAAUCUGAUGUUUGAUGUUUUUGUCUUUAAAAUAAAUCACAUCAGGAAAUUUUUUCUUGUUUAUUCUUCUUUAGGAUUGUUUUUUUGCCUCCUUCUUUUUGCACAUGUUUCAUCCUUCAAACAGCUACGGUGGCCC